CCGUCCGAAUUGAUUUAUAAUCCAAACCAUGCUAUUUUCAAUGAAUGCAGAAAGCAGCUGUAGACUCCAGACUUCAAUAUUUAUGAUAAUUAUGUAAAACAUUUACAGCUGUCUAUGUUUUAUUCAAUGGUUAUGACAACGUUCUGAUGAAAUACAAGCACAAAAAAACAGAAAACCAAGAUUAGACAAGGCAUUUUUAGAAUGGUACAGAACACAAUCAGCACUCUGAACAAAUCACUGAUCUUAAUGUAUAUAAAAAUGAUUGCAAUAAUCGAUGAAUUAAUUAUAUAGAAAAGGCUUGCGUUCCAGCGAUAGAUGCAGUUGGUAGAAGUGACGGGGGAGGGUUUCCAGCGCCGAGUUUCAGGGGUCUGUCAUUCACACAACGCCCGUCCUGCAUGGCUCGUUCGUGGGCAGGAGAGACGGUGCUUGUACACACCAUAUAGGUUUUAACAGCAGACAACUGCCGCUCCUCACACUCAACAAACAGAUCAUCCGCAAGACAGCUGCUGCAUGCGCAGUGGACGGCCGCCUUCAACACUCACUCCUGAACUUUACAAAAUUAGACAUCGCAUCGCAAACAGAGAGCUCUGCAGAGGAUCCCUGCGGCGGCUAAGAUUCCAUUCCAGUUUCACGUCCGUUGGCAGCAAGGGGCUUUUCUCUGAACUUCCCCAGGGCACAGCUGUGCUAAUACCGGACUCACCGGAGCACUUCAUCAGACGUUGUCGCCGCUGGUCAGCAGGAUCCCGUCAUGACGGACGCGGUGUUUGGGAACAGUUCGGACCGCUGGGUCUGUCCCAAUGACAGGCAGCUCACCCUCCGAGCCAAGAUCGGAACGGGAUGGUCAGUCCACUCCAGCCAGACAGAGAGGCAGAGGAAGAAUGAGGAGCUGACUGAUGAGGAGAAGGCGAUCAUCAACAGUGUGAUCGCCAGGGCAGAGAAGAUGGAAGCCAUGGAGCAGGAGCGCAUUGGACGGCUGGUGGAUCGUUUGGAUGACAUGAAGAAGAACGCGUUGGGGGACGGGGUCUCGCGCUGCGUUCUGUGCGGGGAGCAGCUCGGCAUGCUGGGGGCAGCCGCUGUCGUCUGCGAGGACUGUAAGAAGCACGCCUGUACAAAGUGUGGAAUUCAGUGCAGCAGUCGACCCGGCUCCAUAUGGCUGUGCAAGAUCUGCAGCGAACAAAGGGAGGUGUGGAAGCGCUCUGGGGCCUGGUUCUUCAAGGGCUUGCCCAAGCAGGUUCUGCCCCCCCCGAUGCCGAUCGGUGCGGAGAAAGAGCCGAGGGAAGCCGGCUCUGCUGAGCCCCCCGUUCAGGAGCAGAGAGCCAGCAGCUAUCCGCGGGCACAGGGCCGAGGACCAGCAGAGGCUCCCCCUCAGCUCACAGAGCAGCAGCAGCAGCCCCAAGGUGAGCCAGAGGAGAGGAGAGCUGGGGGCAGGAGAUCAGUGAAAUCUCGCGAUGCCAGCCACCAUGAGACUGAUCGAGGGGGAUACAGCUCGGAGGAGGACGAGGCUGGCGGUGCCUAUCGAGGUGGCAGGAAAGGAAUGAGACAGCAGAGGUCCGAGGCUGGUACGGAAAGCACUGGCAGAGGAGGCUACCCCUCGGUGGGCCGGAAGCCCCACGAGCUGCGCUCUGCCCCCAGCGGGAGCGAGUACGGCACGGGGGAUCCCGAAGCCGAAAGUGAGGUCAACAGGAGCCCUGUAGCUGUAAAGCGAGCCAACUCUGUCCAGGCCUCCAGACCAGCUGCAGCCCCCCCUGCAAUGGCGCAGCCAGGUGGCAGAGCAGCUCAGAACCCGCCUUCUCGAUACCCUGAACAGAAGCAAGUUCGACCUGGCUUGGCAGUAGGUCAGCCCAUGGCUCCGGGACAGAUGGACAGUGGCUAUUCGAUCGUGCCACAGCGGGAUGAGAGAGCUGCCGCCCCGGUCAAGGAGGAGAGGAGGCAGCCAGCCCCCUACACCCCUGUCUCAGCCCCCCCAGCACAAGCCCCCCCAGCCUGGCACCAGCCCCCUCCUCCUCCCCCUGAGGAGGACGAGGAAGAGGCCAACAGCUACGACUCGGACGAAACCACAACACUGGGUGCUCUGGAAUUCAGCCUGCUGUAUGAGCAGGAGAGCAGUUCACUGUACUGCACCAUCAUAAAAGCCAAGGGAUUGAAGCCCAUGGAUUCCAAUGGGCUGGCAGACCCCUAUGUCAAACUGCACCUGUUGCCCGGAGCCAGUAAGUCAAACAAGCUGCGCACCAAGACUCUGAGAAACACUCGCAAUCCCACCUGGAAUGAGACUCUGGUUUACCAUGGGAUCACAGACGAGGACAUGCAGAAAAAAACACUGAGAAUCUCUGUGUGCGACGAGGAUAAAUUUGGACACAAUGAGUUUAUUGGAGAGACCAGGAUGCCCCUGAAGAAGCUGAAGUUGAACCAGAAGAAGAACUUCAACAUCUGUCUGGAGAGAGUCAUCCCUAUGAAGCGUGGAGGAACAGCCGGCUCUUCACGGGGCAUGGCUCUCUAUGAGGAAGAGGCAGAUCACAGUGGAGAGGUGGAGGAGCGGGGCAGGGUCCUGGUCUCUCUCAUGUACAGCACCCAGCUGGGGAGGCUGAUUGUGGGCAUCGUCCGCUGUGUGCACCUGGCAGCCAUGGAUGCCAACGGCUACUCGGACCCCUUUGUCAAAAUCUGGCUAAAGCCAGACAUGGGGAAGAAGGCCAAAAACAAGACCCAGAUUAAGAAGAAGACUUUGAAUCCUGAGUUCAAUGAGGAGUUUUUCUAUGACAUCAAACACAGUGACCUGGCUAAGAAGUCUCUCGAUAUCUCAGUGUGGGAUUACGAUAUUGGCAAAUCCAACGAUUAUAUAGGAGGCUGCCAGCUGGGCAUCACAGCCAAGGGGGAGUACCUGAAGCACUGGUAUGAGUGUCUGAAGAACAAGGAUAAGAAGAUUGAGCGUUGGCACACCCUUGUGAACGCGAACCACGUCUCUAGCGACUAGAGGCUCUGCAUGAGCAACGCCACCUCUUUCUCUCGCCGUCUCUCCCAACCCUGUGCUCCGUUUUCUACAGAAGUCUUGUCUUCCAGCACACCUGCUCCCCCGGAAACGCUUCUGUCUGCUCAAGUCCUUCCCUUCCUUGUAGGCUUCCUCUCUGCUGAACAUCAACGAAGGGGUUUGCUUCCUUCUGUUCUAAAUUGAUGGUCAUUUUAUUUGUGUAAAUAUACAUGUUUAUAUUUCACCACAGCAACAACAGUACGGUAGUGGCUGGGGUAAAGGGUAGCUGUAAUGGAACAGCCAGAAAAUGUAAAUGGUGUUUAAACGGAGCACUGUGUUUCUAGCAAAUUAGGUUUACUUUAAAACAUUUGUCUAGUAUGCAGUUUCUUUAGUUUUGCUCUGCUAUGAUUAUAGACGGACUGCUAGAGAUCAUUACUUUUCAGGGCUUUCUAACCACGGAAAUCUUUUUUUUUCUUUUCUUGGUGCACCUAGUAUAAAAACAAAAGUAACUUGUUUCUUCCGACGUAAUAUUCAUAUGUUACUCAUGUGCUGUAUGGCUACAGUUUGCAUUCCUAGCAGUGCUCCAGAACAGAUUUGAAAGCUACACUGACGGGAGUGACUGGUUUAGCAGGGAGAUGGAAUUUCUCAAUGUUCUGUCUCAUGUAAUAUUACUGCUUUGUUUUAAAAGAUCUCUGUCUUCCAUUUUAUGAUUUUGAUCAUUUCUGCAAAAGCAUCCAGCAGCUAGAUUACUGUCUUAGAUUUCAGCCUGACCUCUAAAGUAGAGAACAGUCCUCUCUCUACGUUUACAUGUACAAGGAAUCAAUCCUCUUGUAAUUGAUUGUUUUGAAUCCGAAAUCUAUUGGGUUUGGAAGCAUCAAUGCUUCUGAACCGAUGCAGUUAAAUCUGCUUAAAACCCCCAACCCGAUUCCAGCUCGAAACUGCUUGACAUGCAGAAUAUAUAGAGGAUUUGGGAACGGAUUCCUUGAACAAGUAGUUUGAAUCUGAUUAGAUUGUGCAUAUACAUGAACUACAUGUCUGGGUCACCUUCCCAUCGGACCAUUUUUAAAUCUGUUCAGGAUCUCUGUUGAAACUUAGAAACAGUGGUGCAAAACGUUGUUAGUUGCCAAAUGUAAAAUUUAGCUUAGAGGUGCAUAAGUACAGAAGUGUCAGUACAAUCACUAGAAACAAUAUGAUAUUGAGAAAAACUAAACAAAGUCAUUGCUUACAUUCAGAUUGCAAAUGUUUUCACCUCAAGAUACCCUUCAGACUGCAUAUUUCCCCUGCUGCUAUAUAAGGGUACCAUAUUCCGUGGCUUUGUUUGAUUAUCUCCCUGUAAUUAUACCUGGCAUGUAAUGUCCUGUUCAGAAACAUUGGCAUGGAUCUAUAGGCCUACGGUCCCAUGCUCUUUGGAAAGAUGUAACCCAUACAGAGGGAGUGUAUAUUCGUAUUGGCACUGUCCUAUAUCCCACUCAAAAUAUUUAAUUUAGAUUUUUUUCUGUUUUUUUUUUCUCCUGUAAAUUGCCAAUUUGUAGAUAAUCCUUAGUCCACAGAUUACUGGGCCUUUAUAUAAAGGGGCUGUUGUAUACUUGCCUACAAACAAGUUUAUAUGACUGCCUUUGCAAAGGUUAUCAGUCUAAGAGAGAGCCUGCUGUAGACACAGGCUCUGAGAAUGCUUUACUGUCCUGGUGGGGCUUCUUUAGUGCUACUGGAUCUGUCAACAUGCAGGUUAUACAUUAAUUCAACUGCCAAAAGUCUUGGUUUAAUAAUUCAUGCUGAAUGGCCGAUAUCUUAGAUUAAACAGUGAUCGGGGGUGACGUGAGACCAUUGUUUGAACCUGCAGCAAGCACCAGUCUUUCAUCAUGUAAAGAUGUAAUCAUUAUGUUUUAAAAGGAAAUACAGUGCUCCCCCUUUAUAGGCCGGCCCUUUAUACUGCGGAACAGGUCAUAAGGCAGUAUGGUCAUGGUUCCCAUUUGCCCCAUAAUGCCAUUACACUAACACUAGUAGUCUCGUUAUAAGGCGGAACACAAAUAGCUUAACUAUGGCUCCCGACUACAGUGUUAUAAAGGGGGAGAACUAGUUAAGUAGCUUAUUGGCACGUUGUUGUUAAUUGUUUUGCUUUGCUUUUGGCAUUCAGAAUCAUAAAAGUUAAUUCUGCUCUCUGUUAUCACUUCAGUGGAAUGAGGAGAAGGGCAGUGCCAACACGUGCUCCUAAACCGCGUUGAAAUGAGCCAGUCACGGAUAGGUAGCAUACACCUGAUUGUGCAUGAACUGUGAAUGUCUGACAGUAGUAUGCAUCAUGCUUUGUGCACAGGGUAUUCAUGUCUUAGACACAGAGUUGCCUGCACAUAAGAUAGAGCUGAGCUUUUCUUGAGCUCUGGGGUACCCCUCUAGUCAAUUACCUGUGAAAUCAAGGAAAGCACACAUUGUACCAUGGAAUGACCUCAGUCCUUAUAUGGCAGUCCACAAGUUUCAUUAAAAAACCCUAUGCAUGAAAUGUCUUGUGGACCAUAAUGUAGGUUACUUAUCUUUCUUGACUUGUAUCUAUCUGCCGCUACCAUGAUUCCAUCAUUCUCCCCGUCUCCUUGGGUACAGUACCUGGUGGGUGAAUGUUCCGAGACUGAGUGCACUGCUUUUUCAACGCCAGUAGUCUGAUAUUGGUGAUGAUGAUGACUUAUCCAAUGCAAUGUUACAAUUUCAUGAAGGGGGCCAAGUGUGUUUCAAUCAAUCAAUAUUUAUUUAUCCAGAUGAGUCAAUGGAGAACAAAUUCUCAUUUACAAUGACAACCUGGCAAGAGGUUCACACCACCACAGCAAACAUUACAACAGUAUGUGGCGGAAUAUUUUAAAAGUCAAAGUUAAAUAAUUCAACAGCAGUCUAGAACAGCUUCUACAAGAGUUUUUAAUUACAUGUUUUCAUCAAUGUAUUAUACUCACAAAAACAGACCAUAAAAAAGAUCUAAAGGUCUAGUUAACUUAUGAGAUGUAUUGUUUUCUGAAUCAGGCCAUUAGUCUGCUUGCUACUGGGUUGUAAGCUCUGGUUGUAGUACUUGGAGUAUUAUUAUUAUUAUUAUUAUUUAUUUCUUAGCAGACACCCUUAUCCAGGGCGACUUACAAUUGUUACAAGAUAUCACAUUAUUUUUACAUACAAUUACCCAUUUAUACAGCUGGGUUUUUUACUGGAGCAAUCUAGGUAAAGUACCUUGCUCAAGGGUACAGCAGCAGUGUCCCCAACCAGGGAUUGAACCCACGACCCUCCGGUCAAGAGUCCAGAGCCCUAACCACUACUCCACACUGCUGCCCUAAGUUAUAAAUGUAGUACUUAAGUAGUCAGUUCUAUUAAAGCAAAGGUCAAACUGUCGUAAAAGCUUUAUAACCGCAUGUAUAUAUUAAACUGCAUUGAUGCCUAUUGUAUUUUCAUUACACAACGUUUUAUAGAUCAAGCCCAUGUGACAGGGAUUUAGUCUCAAGUUUCUUUUAAGUGGGGAGCUUUUUACAAUUGUUGGCAUCUUAUCUAAACAAAGUCGAUAACAUAUCUCUGUCCUUACCUGGUUCAGAUAGAAUGACUUAACUGUGUCCUUGUUAAUAAAACAGUACCGCUUCAUCUGAAUUGGACACCAUGUAGGAUUCAGAACACCUUUAUAAAGGCUACAAAAUGCUGUAGAACUACAGCAUGCACAUAUUCCCUCACUUUGAAAAUCCACACAACAUGCCCAUAAGUAUUCAUGUCACGUUGUCAUACCAUUUGGUACAAACCAAAUGCACUGUAUUUAAAAACUCAGUAGUUUAGGUGCAUGUACUAUGUGACUUGUACCCAUCAUACCUUUACUGCAAUUAUGGUGAUUUAUUACAAUCAUUUUGGGUCAUUUAAAAUACAAUAAUUAAAAUGAUAUGCAUGUUAUGUCCAUUUUCAAAGUGAUUCUGAAGGAAUCGUUACAUAGCCUUUAUGAAGGUGUUAUGAAUGCUACAUAGCAUCUAUUUCAAAUAAAGAACUACCAAUAAAACCGAGCGUGGGUUUUGCAGCUACUAGGUUCAGAAAAACACACUCUUCCAGCCACAACUCUAUAAGUUGACUUCCUGAGUAAAAUAGGACACCUCCUGAGUCUUGCACUCAGGUUCCUUGCUGCACAAAGCAAAGUAGGUCGCACAUUACCUGCUAGACAGACAGGAAACGGGGAAAGAGAACCAAGUUUUGCGUACAAAUUUGUCUUGCUAAUAUCUGCUUGUUUUGACAUGACUCCUAUAAUAUGUAAUAGGGGAAGUUUGGUGCACUCAGCCUUGGAAAGGGUAUUGACCGGUACUACUAAAAGACCCCACCUCAUUUUUCUUAAAGUUGCUUUUUAGACGAUCAGUCCUCUCUAUAUUAUAGUUGUCGAGGGUUUUGAUAUCUAACUGUUCAUGGCAUUUCACUAGCAUUGUGCGAUGCCAAAACACCAGUCUCGUUCUAUGUAAAUAAGUAGCGCAUGCACUGUGACACAAUCUGGGGAUAAAAUGCAGACGAACAUUUAGGCUAAUGUUUGCAAUCGAAUGAGCAUGUAAAAGAUUUCAAAUAGAACCUUUUGGGUUUACAUGAGGAAAACUAAAACAGAAGAACCAUGUUAAUGUAAAACUGGAUCUGGAAACAAUCCCCUGUGUUCCAUGCAUGCACUUAAACUUUGUUCUAUCUCCAAUAUAUAUAUACCACCUUGUGUAUUUA